AGCUCAGUCCGGGCCGAAGAGCGCCUGGCCGAAGGAGGGCGCCCGGGUCCUUCAGGGUCUCCGCCCGCCUCUGCCUCCCUCCUCCCUCCCUCCCUUCUCCCUCCCCGAGGAGCUUCGAGAGGCGGCCCACGCCCACGCUUUGCUUGCCCGGCGGCAGGAGCGGAGCCCCAGCUCGGAGGGAAGGAGGCAUGUGGCCAGGAGGCGACUGAGAGAGAGCCCGGCUGCCUUGGAUGUCAUUCCCUACUUCAGGAUGAAUGAAUGCCACUAUGAUAAGCGUAUGGACUUUUUUUAUAACAGAAGUAAUGCAGCCACAGCAGAUGAAUGGUCUGGGACAUCCCUUGUCAUUGUUUUAUGCUUUGGGACUUUCUUUUGCCUCUUCAUUUUCCUUUCAAAUUCACUGGUCAUAGCGGCUGUGGUCAAAAACAAGAAAUUUCACUUCCCAUUCUACUAUUUGCUAGCCAACCUAGCUGCAGCUGACUUUUUUGCUGGCAUUGCCUACGUGUUUUUGAUGUUCAACACUGGCCCAGUCUCAAAAACAUUGACUGUCAAUAGGUGGUUUCUGCGUCAGGGACUUUUGGAUACAAGCCUGACAGCUUCUCUGGCCAAUUUGUUGGUCAUUGCUGUGGAGCGGCACUUGUCUGUUGUGCGGAUGAGGGUCCACAGUAACCUCACAAAGAAGAGGGUCACUUUUUUCAUCCUGUUGAUCUGGGCCAUAGCCAUUUUCAUGGGUGCAGUGCCCACAUUGGGCUGGAACUGUCUUUGUGACAUUUCAAGCUGCUCUUCCCUGGCUCCUAUUUAUAGUAGGAGUUACUUGAUAUUCUGGACAGUCUCCAACCUGGGAGUUUUCUUCAUCAUGGUGGUGGUGUACAUAAGGAUCUACAUGUACGUCCAGAGGAAAACCAACGUUUUAUCCCCACACACAAGUGGAUCCAUCAGCCGCAGGAGAACUCCAAUGAAGCUUAUGAAGACUGUCAUGGCAGUGUUAGGUGCAUUCGUUGUAUGUUGGACUCCCGGUCUUGUCGUUCUCCUUCUCGAUGGCUUGAAUUGCACUCGUUGUGAGGUUCAGAAUGUGAAAAGGUGGUUCCUUCUGCUGGCUCUGCUGAAUUCGGCUAUGAAUCCAAUCAUUUACUCUUUUAAAGAUGACGAAAUGUCAAGUACUAUGAGACGCAUGAUCUGCUGCUCUUUUGAGGACAGAAACCAAGAGCGCCGGUCUUCCAGGAUUCCCUCCACAGUGUUCAACAGGAGCACAGAUUCCUCCAGCCAAUAUUUUGAAAAUGGCAUUGGCCAAGGGAUUAUCACGAGCAAAGAAAAUGCCUGAGCAAACCUUGUUUUUCUUGAAAUGGUGAACUACAGCAGGGAGUGAGGUGCAAUGUCAGCAGGGGGAAUAAACUCUGAACUGGCUGAGAUCCACUGACCCCAACUCUUAAUGUUGGAACACUAGAAGACUGGAUUCCGGGAACCAAAACCCAAAUCAAAGGGUUACCUGACAUAUUUGUAAAUAAUUACUAGCUAUGGAAAAAUGCACUUGAAGGGACGAAAAAGAAAAGGAUGAGUGUUUUUAUUCUACAGUGCUUCUUUAAGUGCAGAGAAAGCCCAAUCCCAUGCUUGCAGUGUAAAGUAGUAUAGUCCAGGAGGACAAAUCAUGUUACCAACAUCAGGAAUCUGUUGUGGAUAUUGGUAGCAGCAGUCCCCUGACUAUUCUUCCUAUGCAUCUAUCUUGGAGGACAUUUCUCACUGCUAACGUGGUCUGUUAUCCUCAUAUCUAGCUCUUUUUUUCCAUUUCCAAGUUGGUAGUUUUGUCAGCUUCUUUACAGCAACAGGGGUGGAGGUUCCAUCUUAUCCUUCAUCAAAAGUAGUUACCUUAUUGAGAGCCAAGCCAGAAUUGCCAUCUGGUCCCAUGUGCAUGCUUCCUUCAAAGAAAGUUUGCCAAAGUGGAAUGUGACCCAAAUAAAUGCCCUGAAUUGUAGCACAACGUCCCCUUUGAACUUGGUGGGACUUGUUUCUGGUUACUGCAGUGUACAUUGUGCAUGUACCCACAAUUAAACAUUUCAAUAAGUAUUUUUCAGGACAGGAGUGCAUGUUGUAAAACCUAAGUUAAUGUUGUUUGUGUGCAUUUUUUAUCCCAGUGUCAUGGUUUCUAGGCAAGCCAAAUUCCUUCUAAAGGGAAAGGGGAGUACAAUAAACAUCUGAAGUAAAGUAAGAGCAUGUGGUGACCUCCCUGUCUGCCAAAUCAUUCCACACAUCUGAGACUUUUGUGGUUUGUUAAUAUUCAUGGACAUUUGCUCUUCUAAAUCAUCUCCUACCACUUCCAUUGAAGGGCUGACUUUGCAGGUUAAGGGUGGAAUCUUUUCAAACCUUUAAUCUUAUCUAACAACCAUUAUAAGCCCAUAACUCUGUUGUCAAUGGAAGAUCCCUGAAAGUUCAGUUAGCAGUGCGGGAGUUCUGAAAAACUGGGCUUUCAAAAAGUGUGAAUUUUAGAAAACCGUGUAGUUAAUGUUAAGACAAAAACCAAAACCUUGUGUCAGAAUACAUCUGGAAUACUGUGUCCAGUUCUGGGCACCACAAUUUAAGGGUGAUGUUAACAAGCCGGAAUGUGUCCAGAAGAGGGUGAUUAAAAGGAUCAAGGGUCUGGAGAACAAGUCCUAUGAGGAGAGGCUUAAAGAGUAGGGCAUGUUUAACCUGCAGAAGAGAAGGCUGAGAGGAGACAUGGUGAGGGCCAUAUAUAAAUAUGUAUAAAUAGGGAGCAAGCUUGUUUUCUGAUGCCUUGGAGACUAGGGCACGGAACAAUGGCUUCAAACUGCAGGAAAGGAAAUUUCACAUGAACAUUAGGAAGAACUUCCUGACUGAGAGCUAAUUCAGCAGUGGAACUCUCUGCCCCAGAGUGUGACGGAGGCUCCUUCUUUGUUAGAGGCUUUUAUACAAAGGCUAGAUGGCCAUCUGCCGGGGGGUGCUUUGAAUGCGAUUUUCCUGCUCCUUGGCAGGGGGUUGGACUGGAUGGCCUUGAGGUCUCUUCCAACUCUAUGAUUCUUUAUGUGCACUUGUGUUUUAUGGAUUCAGUUCCCUCUCCGUUUUUUGAAAUCUGAAAGGACACUGUCAAGGGCAUGAAUUUGUACAUAAUUGUAUUCCAAUAUAUGUAUGUUUAUUUGUUUUGAAAUCCUAAUUCAUUUGUAUAGAUUAAUUUCCACACUGUGUUUUUAAAGUGGUUUUAUUGUC